AUGAUGUUACCUGCUCAACGUUUUCUUGCAUCUACAAGCAUAGAUGAUCGAUUGAUACUUGCUAUUAUUCAACGCGAUCUAACUACAGUUCGAUAUAUUCUGGAAUCGAACCGGUAUCGAUCGACUGUCAACCAAAGUCUAUUUUUCGGUUCACAUCGAGAGGAUUUCAACUAUCCGAUUACUCCAUUAGCUGCGGCAUGCCACUUUGGUUCAUACGAAAUUGUCGAUAUAUUAGUGAAUUAUUUUCAUGCAAGUGUAAAUAAACAAGACUUGCCCAGUUGGAAAUCUCCACUUCACUUUGCAGUACUAGCGAAAUCAAAUCGCUACGAUAUUGUUGAAUUUCUUCUCCGACAUGGCGCAAAUGUCGAUGUGCAAGAUCGUCAUGGAACAACGCCACUAAUGUUAGCAGUCCUUCAUUCAGACAGUGAAAUCGUUCGUUUACUACUUGAACAUGCCGGUGCCAAUGUUCGCAUCUAUAAUCAAUACCAUUUGACAGCAUUUGAUUUUGUUAAAUACAAUCAGUCAAUACUCAAUGAUCUCAUACGACAUGGUGCUAUAUCAUUUGAUGGCAAUGAUAACAAUCUUUUCCAAUGGUUAAUUCUUAAUAAACACAUGCGAUUGGCAUGUUUACUAAUCGAAGCUGGUUAUGUGCCAGUUCGAACAUUGUUUCAAACUCGACAGGUAACCGCUUUCGAGAACGUAUCAGAACUUUACCAAUGCAUAACCAACAAUUGA